AUGGCACCGAGUCGUCGUAUGCAAAAGCAGGGUGUUCCCGGACCCCUGGAUGAAUCCCUGGUUUCAAGAAAGAGAAAGGACGCCCCCCCGCCGCCCGAGGUCACAUAUAAGAAACGCAGAACCGAUCCUAACAAGCCAAAGAACUCGGCGGCAAAGAAGUCCACCAAGGGCCAAUUCGCAACAAACGGAAAGACACCCAAGACUGCAGGAAAGAAGGCACAGCAAUUGGUCGAGUCGGACGAUGAACAUGUCAGCGACGCUUCAGAUGCCGCCGACGAUUUGGGCGUGCUCGAGUCGGACGACGAGCCUGCCGAGGACGACGAUUUCAUGGACUCCGACGACCCCGACGUGCAGCGCGCCAUGUGGUCCGAAGACGAGGAUGCCUCAGACGCCGAAGAGAUUCUGAACGCCGCCAACAUUGCCGGCCUGUCAGGUCGCCUCGACGAAGAAGCUGCCCAAGAGGCUGCCGAUGCCCAAGCCGAACUGGAGGACGAUGCCAUGCAGACCAACAUUGCUGCCGCCGACAUUCCCGACGAUGAAGACGACGAUGAGGCCGCUGUCCGAAAAGCCACCCUCGCCCCCGAUCUCCAGCUGCUCCGUACCCGUAUCACAGAGACCACCCGUGUCCUCACCAGCUUCAAGGAGCUCUCCGACCCCUCGCGCUCUCGUGCCGACUACAUCAACUCCCUUCUCAACGACAUCUGCGCCUACUACGGCUACUCGCGCUUCUUGGCCGAGAAGCUCUGGAGACUUUUCACUCCCCAGGAGGCUCUUGCCUUCUUCGACGCCAACGAGACUCCUCGUCCUUUGGUCAUCAGAACAAACACUCUCCGUACUCACCGUCGUGAUCUCGCCCACUCGUUGAUCAACCGUGGUGUCACUCUCGAGCCCGUUGGAAAGUGGAGCAAGGUCGGUCUGCAGGUUUUCGAGUCUCAGGUCCCCUUGGGUGCCACCCCCGAAUAUCUUGCUGGACACUACAUCCUUCAAGCUGCCAGUUCGUUCUUGCCCGUCAUGGCUUUGGCUCCUCAAGAGAACGAGCGUGUCCUGGAUAUGGCCGCCGCUCCUGGUGGUAAAACAACAUACGCCGCUGCUCUGAUGCGCAACACUGGUGUCAUCUUCGCCAACGAUGCCAGCAAAGUUCGUGCCAAGGGUCUGAUCGGUAACAUUCACCGUCUCGGUGUGAAGAACACCAUCGUAUGCCACUACUCCGCUCUCGAGUUCCCCAAGGUCAUGGGUGGCUUCGACAGAGUCCUUCUUGAUGCUCCUUGCUCCGGUACUGGUGUCAUUGCCAAGGAUCAAAGUGUCAAGACCAACAAGACUGAGGCUGAUUUCCUGCGUCUGCCCCAUCUCCAGAAGCAGCUUUUGCUUGCCGCAAUUGACUCGGUAGAUCAUGCAUCAAAGACUGGUGGUUACAUUGUCUACUCAACAUGUAGUGUCACUGUCGAAGAGAACGAACAAGUUGUCCAGUACGCCUUGAACAGACGCCCCAACGUCAAGCUUGUCAGCACUGGUCUUGUCUUUGGUAAGGAGGGCUUCACCAGCUUCAUGGGCAAGAAAUUCCACCCUAGCUUGAAGGAGACCAGAAGAUACUACCCCCAUGCCUACAACGUUGACGGUUUCUACGUCGCCAAGUUCAAGAAGGUUGGCCCUACACCCGCCAACGCUGUCAAGGCACAAGGCUCAGAGGAGCAGAAGCAGAACGUGAAGAAGGAUGGAGACGAAGAGAUCAUUGACAGAACUCCCAUCAGCGAGGAGGCUGAGAACGACGAGUUCGGUGGCUUCUCGGACUCAGAGGAUGAUGCAAUUAUCCAACGUGCUCGCGCAAAACAGCUCAAGAAGAAGGGCAUUGACCCUAAAGCCACAAAGGCCGCCAAGAAGCCCAAGGAGAAGGAAGUCACAUCUGAGCAGCCCAACGCCGAGGACCAAAUAGAGGAGAAGGCAGUCAAGUCACCAUCGGGUACAAAGAGCCCCAAGGUGGCCGAGAAGCCUGUCAAAGACGGUGUCAGCGAGGUCGGUGGACAUGCUGUGGGCACCUCAACAGAGGCUCAAAGCAAGAAGGAGAGGAGGAGUUUGAACAAGGCAGGCAAGAAGGCAAAGGCCAGCUCCAAGGCUAAAUAG